ACCACAUCUACUUCACAACACUAUACACACACACACUCUCUUAGUCUUAUCCUCGUGGCAAUGGCUUCCCCUGCCAUGAAACUCUCCCUCUUCCUCCUCCUCUCCCUCUUCUCCUCUCUCCACACUCAUGCAAGAGAAAGCCAAUUCUUCAACAAAAUCCCUAGCACCACCACCACCACCACCACCAACACACAAGUCCCCACCAAUCAACAAGACCCCACCUUCCUCCCCGACAACGACAACAGCUACGGCCUCUACGGCCACGAAUCCGGCCUAAACCCCCCUUCCACCACCACCGCCACCGCCGAAGAAGAAUUCAAACAAACCCCAAACAAAUACCUCCCCAAGAACUACAACCCCGUCGCCUACGUCACCCAGCCCGAAUCCGACCUCAACGACUCCCCCGCCUCCUUCACCAAACAACGAACCUUCUCCACCAACCCCAACAACAACAACAACAAUUACUACAACGCCGACCAGAACUCCUUCUACAACCAGCAGCAGCAAGAGCAAGAGCAAGAGCAAGAGCAGACCGAGUUCAAAAGCUACCGCAACCCGGCCUCCAACAACAACAACUUCUACUACAACGGCGGAAGCAGCUUCAACAGCCAGCCGCAGGGGCAGGACAGCGCCUUCCAGCCGCAGGGGAUGAGCGACACGCGUGUCAUGGCAAACGGCAAGUUUUACUACGACACUAACUCAGAGAGCUACAGCAGCAAUCACCCUUAUGAGACCAUGCGAGGAGCUCGCCCGCAGAAUGAGUUCAACAACAGAAAUUUCUAUGGAAACAAUGCCUAUGAAUUCAACCAAGAUCAGUUCCAGGAUGAUGACAACAACUUGCCUUGAUAUUUGAUUAAAUCCUUUUAAUGGUGUUUUUAAGUUAUGGUGUUUAGUGAAAACCAAACGCACAGAUAUUUAUUUUUCACAAAGUGCUGUUUUUGCGGUUUAGUGUUUUCUACUACUUCUACAGUUGAACUAUAAAAUUUUAAAAUAAUUGUAUA